UUCGUACGGUGAGCAGGACUAAAAUUUAAGCCACAAACAAAAAAUGAAACUCUGUGCAGUAUUGUUGGCCAUUGCUUGCGUAGCAAUGGUAUGCGCUGCACCCCAGCAGCGCCCCGAAGAGCCAGUGCCAAUUCUGUCACAAAAUGUGGAUCGGUCCCCGGAUGGUAGUUUCCGUUUCGACUUCGAAUCGGGCAAUGGCAUCAAAGUUGAGGAUCAGGGAGAUAUCCGAGUGCUGCAGGUGCAACGGGAGGAUGGAAAGGGAACCGAGGAGGCCGUAGUUUCGGUGCAACGUGGAAGCUACUCGUAUACCGCUCCCGAUGGCACUCCGAUCACUGUUCACUGGACGGCCGAUGAGAACGGAUUCCACGCCGAGGGUGACCAUUUGCCAGUUGGGCCAUAAGUGACUGAGUUAUUGUGAUAAAACUGAAUUCGAAAGCGCGGUCAGCGAGGAUGUUGUUGUGUUUGAAUGUUUUGUGAAAAUAAAGUGUGAUGUGACAAACUGAA